AUGUUUGUUCUUCAAAGAAUGGCGACUACCACUGGGUUACUCUUACACCCUCCUCUCGUAAGACCCACUUCGCCCAAUGUCUCUGCACCUCGUUUCUUCCUUACAGUUGCAACCCAAUUUGCAGGAAACAGGGACAAAUCUCUUUUCCCUCGCAAGAAGUCCAAUGGGUUUUCCACUUCCAUUGCUGUGGCUACUGAUUCCUCAGCACCGUCAAUUUCGACCCAGAACGAGGAUUUGGUGGAUACGCACGAGGACCAAACCGAGAAGAUUGUUCUUCCAACUAAUGAAUCCUCUGAGAAGCUUCUCAGAAUUCGUCACACGUGUGCUCAUGUAAUGGCCAUGGCUGUUCAGAAGCUCUUUCCAGAUGCUAAAGUCACAAUUGGACCAUGGAUAGAAAAUGGGUUUUACUAUGAUUUUGAUAUGGAGCCCUUGGGAGAUAAAGAUUUGAAGAAAAUCAAGAAGGAGAUGGAACGCAUUAUUAGCAGAAACUUACCACUUGUAAGAGAAGAAGUUUCAAGGGAUGAAGCUCAAAGAAGAAUUGAGGCAAUCAAUGAACCUUACAAGAUGGAGAUUUUGGAAAGCAUAAAGGAGGAUCCCAUAACCAUCUAUCAUAUUGGAAAUGAAUGGUGGGACCUUUGUGCUGGCCCCCAUGUUGAAUCUACUGGGAAAAUCAACAAAAGAGCUGUUGAACUUGAAACAGUUGCUGGUGCCUACUGGAGAGGAGAUGAGAAGAAUCCAAUGCUACAGAGGAUAUACGGCACUGCUUGGGAGACAGAAGAACAAUUAAAAGCAUACCUUCACUUCAAAGAGGAGGCCAAACGUCGUGACCACAGACGGCUUGGGAAAGAUCUUGAUCUAUUUUCCAUUCAGGAUGAUGCUGGGGGAGGUUUGGUAUUCUGGCAUCCAAAGGGUGCUGUCGUGAGGAGCAUAAUAGAAGAUUUAUGGAAGAAAUUGCACAGGGAACGUGGUUAUGAUCUGCUAUAUACACCACAUGUGGCGAAAGCAGAGCUUUGGAAAACCAGUGGUCAUUCAGACUUCUAUGGAGAAAAUAUGUACAAUCAGAUGGAUGUUGAGGACGAGCUUUAUCAACUUCGACCUAUGAAUUGCCCCUACCAUAUUCUAUUUUACAAAAGGAGGCUCACCUCCUAUCAAGAUUUUCCUAUUAGAGUCGCAGAAUUGGGGACGGUAUAUAGAUAUGAGCUGUCCGGUAGCUUGCACGGUCUUUUCCGUGUCAGAGGUUUUACCCAGGAUGAUGCUCACAUAUUUUGUUUGGAUGAUCAAAUCAAAGAUGAAAUUAGAGGUGUCCUAGAUCUAACAGAAGAGUUAUUACUUCAAUUUGGUUUUAACAAAUUUGAAGUCAAUCUCUCUACUAGACCACCAAAAUCAGUGGGGAAUGAUGAGAUCUGGGAGAAAGCAACAUCUGCUCUUAAAGAUGCUCUAAGUGACAAGGGGUGGGGCUAUCAAAUUGAUGAUGGUGGUGGAGCCUUUUACGGACCGAAAAUUGAUAUUAAGAUUGAGGAUGCGUUGGGAAGGAAGUGGCAAUGUUCAACUAUACAGGUUGAUUUCAAUCUACCUCAGCGUUUUGACAUCACAUAUGUCAAUUCGAACUCUGAAAAGAGGAGACCUAUCAUGAUCCAUCGUGCAGUUCUGGGAUCCCUGGAGCGAUUCUUUGGUAUUCUAAUAGAAAAUUAUGCUGGGGACUUCCCAUUAUGGCUUUCUCCAAUCCAAGUUCGAGUUUUGCCCGUAACAGAUGCCCAGAUCUCUUACUGCAAAGAGGUGGCCGAAAAACUCAGAGCCAUUGGCAUUCGAGCUGAAGUCUGUCAAGGCGAGCGGUUGCCCAAGCUUAUUAGAAAUGCAGAGACCCAAAAAAUACCGUUGAUGGCAGUUGUUGGUGCCAAGGAAGUCGAGACGCAAACUGUGACAGUGAGAUCAAGGUUUGGUGGGGAGAUAGGGACCAUAACAGUUGAUGAUUUUGUUGGAAGAAUCAAAUAUGCCUCAGAGAAUAGAACACCAUUUUGAAGUUCUUUUCUAGGAUGAACCAUGGCUAUUGAGGAUUUACCUUCUGAUUUAAAUUUCCCCAUGGAGGUUAAUUCCCUUGAUGAGCAGAUUCUCAUUGUACUUUUUAAUAUUCUUUCACUCAAUAUUUUGACUGUAAAUUUCUGUCUAAUUUGUAGUUAGAUGAGACUUUGAUUUUGAGGAUUUUCCCCCUCCUUUGGAGUGAAUAAUGAAAAAAAAAAAGAUAUACUUAGUGCCUUUGAUUAUUCACAUUUUAA